GCUACCAACCCUUUUAUCUGUCUAUAUGCCUGCAAGAAUUUGCGCUUGUCACUCAAUUCAAUUAUUUUUUCAUGAUCUUGAAGAUGGUGCUUCAUAUCAUCAGAAAAACUGUAGUUUUUCAUGUUUCUUUUAUGCCUAUAUAUUUAAAAAGCACCGUCCUUUCAGCCAUAUGUUGUCCUCUGCAGUUCUGUUGUGCUCGUAAUUGUUUCUUUGCAAGCGGGACAAUUUUAAGAAAGCUGUUCGGUUUUAGCAAUGAAAAAGAUUCGGACGUCCUAAUAUAUGGCCAACGUCCACCUUCUGUUUGUGUGAAUGAUGAGAGGAGCAGCAAUUCUGAAAAUGAAAAAUUUCACCACAAAAUGCAAAAACAGGACCUUGUUAGAAUAUUUCAUGCCUUGGACAGCAACAAAGAUGGCAGUGUAAGUACAGAGGAGGUACUAGGUCUACUGGAAAUGCUUGGGCUCCAACACUUUUGUGAUGAUAAUAUGAAGAUCAUGAUGGGUUUGCAGGUGCAGAUGAGCUGUAAUGAUUUUUGCAAACUUUGCCAGAGUCUGUGGGAGGAAGCUGAAUCUGAAGAAAGUAUGGAGGAAAUGUCUCAUGAAGCAGAGUUAAGAGAAGCAUUCUCUGUUUUUGAUAAAGAUGGUGAUGGUUUUAUCACACCAUCUGAGCUUCAAGAUGUCCUGCUAAGCCUGAGACAGAGAGAAGGGCAAGACUUGGAGAAUUGUAAAACAAUGAUAGCAAGGUUUGACAAAAACUCUGAUGGUAGAAUUGAUUUUAUGGAAUUUGAGUGCAUGAUGAAAAGCAUAAACGAUUCUAAAUAGAUUUUUGUAAAUUGGGGUUGUAACUCCCAAAACUUUGUUCAAAGUUUUGAACCUGUAUAUUGAA